AUGGCCAAAUACGCCAACCCUCCCCAGGACCCCCCGCUGUUCACCGGCACCAAGGACUCCAUCGUCGCCGACUCCAAGGCUCUCUGCGACAACACACGCUCCCUGCUCGACAAGCUCGUUGCUGAGAUCAAGCCGAACGACGCUGCCACCUUCGAGUCCGUCCUCCGCCCCCAGAUCGAAGACGAGAACCAGAGCUCGCUAUCGGCCCGCAUCCUUGGCUUCUACCAGUAUGUCAGCGCCGAUGCCGCCCUGCGCGAUGCCAGCACCGAGGCCGAGAAGAUUAUGGACGAGUUCGGCAUCGAGGUCAGCAUGCGCGAGGACGUCUUUAAGCUUGUCGAUGCCGUCUACAAGAACAGCGGGCUUGCUGAGAGCAAGGAAAAGGACAAGGACCGUCUGAUCACCGAAGAGCUGGCCAAGAGCACCGGUCUGGAGAGCGUUGAGAGCGCCAGACUGUUGGAGAAGGAACACAAGAGCUACAUCAAGAAUGGCCUCGGUCUUCCCGAGGGUGAGAAGAGGGACCGCUUCAAGGAGAUCAAGAAGAAGCUUAGCCAAAUCAGCAUUGCCUUCCAGAAGAACCUCAACGAGGAGAAUGGCGGCCUCUGGUUCACCCUAGAGGAGCUCGAUGGCGUUCCGCAGGAUGUCUUGGACAGCCUGGAGAAGGGCACCGGCGAGAACGAGGGCAAGCUACGUCUCUCCUUCAAGUACCCCGACCUCUUCCCCACCCUCAAGUUUGCCAAGAACCCCGAAACUCGCCGCAAGGUGUUCAUCGCGAACGAAAACAAGUGCAACGACAAUGUUGAGCUGUUCCGUGAGGCUAUCGAGCUUCGUGACGAGGCCGCUCGUCUGCUCGGUUACCCUGACCACGCCACCUUCCGCAUUGAGGACAAGAUGGCCAAGACGACCAAAACUGUUCUCGACUUCUUGAACGAUCUCAAGGAGCGUCUCGGCCCCGGUGGUCUCAAGGAAAUCGAACACCUCAAGGAGCUGAAGAAGAAGGACCACGAGGAGCGUGGUCUCCCGUACGAUGGCAACUACUAUCUCUGGGAUCACCGUUACUACGACCGCCUGAUGAUUGAGAAGGAGUACAGCAUUGAUGAGAAUGCGAUUGCUGAGUACUUCCCAAUCACCUCCACCAUCGAGGGCAUGCUCAAGAUCUUUGAGACGCUCUUUGGCCUCGUUUUCAACCAGUUGACUCCUGAGGACCGCGCGCGUAUCUCGCCUACCGGGAAGGCUGAGGAUAUCGCGUGGCAUGAGGAUGUUAUCAUCUUUAGCGUAUGGGACGACAAGUCGGAGGGUGAAGGGUUCGUCGGGUACCUGUACCUGGAUCUCCAUCCCCGUCAAGGCAAGUAUGGCCACGCCGCCAACUUCAACCUGCAGCCUGGCUUCAUCCAGGCCAACGGUUCAAGACGCUACCCCGCCACUGCCUUGGUAUGCAACUUCUCCAAGCCCACCAAGGAGAAGCCUUCUCUCCUCAAGCACGACGAGGUUGUCACCCUCUUCCACGAGCUGGGUCACGGUAUCCAUGACCUUGUCGGCCGCACUCAGUAUGCUCGCUACCAUGGCACUUCCACGGUUCGAGACUUUGUGGAAGCCCCCAGUCAGAUGCUGGAGAACUGGUGCUGGACCCCCAGUCAACUCAAGAGCCUGAGCAAACACUACAAGACGGGCGAGUCGAUUCCCGACGAUCUUAUCGAGAAGCUCAUCUCGACCAAGCACGUCAACGAUGCUCUCUUCAACCUGAGACAGCUGCACUUUGGCCUGUUCGACAUGACGGUUCACACACCCAAGUCGCACGAGGAGCUCAAGAAGCUGGACAUCAGCAAACUGUACAAUGACCUCCGGGCGGACAUUUCCAAGAUCAAGGGGCCCGAGGAGCAGGGUGAGGCCAGCAACUGGGGUAACGGCCAGGCGACGUUUGGGCACUUGAUUGGGGGUUAUGAUGCGGGCUAUUAUGGUUAUUUGAGCUCGCAGGUGUAUUCGACUGACAUGUUUUAUACCAAGUUCAAGAAGGACCCGAUGAACGAGGUGGAGGGGAGGAGGUACAGGCAUACGGUGCUGGCGAAGGGGGGGUCCAGGGAUGAGAUGGUUUCGUUGGAGGAGUUUCUUGGGCGGAAGCCGAGUUCGGAGGCUUUUUACAAGGAGUUGGGAUUGGAGGGUUGA